UGUCAGCGUAAGUGGUUCACGACCAUGUCCGGCGGACGAGCGCCUUUGCCAGCCGAUGGGAAUGGCCUGCUCCGCGGGAGCCGCACGAGAUCUUACGGCAGUUUGGUCCGCUCUCCGCUCUCUCCGGUUCGUCAGAGACGCAUUGAACACAAAAUUCAGCCAGGAGAGACACUACAAGGCCUGUCCCUGAAAUAUGGAGUGACUAUGGAGCAAAUCAAAAGAGCCAACAGGCUGUACACCAAUGACUCCAUUUUCCUGAAGAAAUCUUUAUCAAUCCCUGUGCUGUCAGACUUGGAUGACUGCAGUAACGGGGUGGAUUUGGCAGAACAGGAGGGUGAGAAAGACAAUACUGGCUGUGCUCCUGCUCAAAAUGGGCAGACUGGGAGCUCCUCUUGGAAUAAGCAAGAUGAUGGUGAAGAAAGGGCAUCAGACCUUACUCCAGUAGAUUUUUUGAAAAGGUUGGAUGAUUUGAUAAAUCAGUCCAAGCAGGCUGCUGUCAAAGGAUGCGAGGAAGCAGAGAAAAGGGCUGCCGCCUUAGAAGCAGCUUGUACCAGCAGGACAUCAGACUGGCGGCCUCUUACACGGUCACAGAGUGUCAUUUCAUCUUCCAGGAUGCAACAGCAGCAGGCAGCACAUAGGGCAGUCCCCCUCACUAUCACCAAACUCACCAAGAAACUGAGAGACAGGGAAGAUGAGAUAUUUGAGCUGUGACAUGUUUUCAGCUGUCUCACCUUGAUCAUUAAAAAAACUUUUCCAGAAAGCCAUGUCACUGGGUUUGGCCUCCCAGACAAAAGAGCAUUAUAUAUUAUAUUAUAUUAUUGUGAUCCUCCUGCUGCUGUAUGGUUUUUACAUAGUACUAUUUAAUAUAGACCUUGUAAUUGGAAGUUACACUGUCUUUUAACAAGUCUUUUUAAUUUAAUAUUGCACUCUUGUAGCCUUGUUUUUUAUUUAUUGAGCUAUGCUGUAGGUUCUGAAAAUCCUUUUAUGGCCCAUAGCUGUUUUUUUUUCAGAGCUUGAUUUCACAUGCACGAAAUAAGAGCGUGAAAUGUUAAAAAUCAGAAUUUACAGUCACAUGGUUUUGUCAUAUGACUGGUCAGUCAGUCAUAUGGUCAGCAUGUGGUUGUGUGUGAUGCUACCUCACAGCCUGGUAACGCAAAGGUGGCCAAGUUUUCUAACUAAAACCUUUAGCCAUGGUAUAUAAAGUGUAUAAUUCAUGUUCACUGUAAUAUUGAGAGCACAAAAUUGCUCCUAAAUGGGUCUUUGUGUGUCACUGCUGAAGAAUUUAAAUUCCAAUGUAGCCAAAGUUUAA